UCUAAGAAAAUAACUUAAAAAAUGUCUAAGUUUCCAGUUUUAAUCACUUGUUUGGUCUACAUUCAUUUUGCAAUGAGCUCUGAUGAUUUACAAUUGAACCGAGUGUCUCCGAAACUGGCAGGUCCGGCAAAGUACACACAUCCUGACGACGAUAUUUUAAAAGAAUUAGAGGAGUCUCUGAAUAAGAUCUCUACCGUUUAUAUGCAAGCUUUGUUCUCUGGGACACAUACUCCAGAACUUGAUAUGCACAUGCGUAGUUUGGAAAUAAAAUUGUUUGAUCUAUUGGACGGACUUUAUAAGAAAAAUCGCCUAAAUGACUAUAUGAAAUAUGAAGCAGAAGUGACGCGGCAAAUGAUACUAUACAAUAUGCUCAAGAAAUUGUUCGGCUAUGCAACUGAAGAUAAUGAAAAAGUUUGAAGGAAGUUAACUUAAGAUCGAAAUGAUCAAGAAGAAACCUAAAUUUUUUGCACAAUAGUACAAAGCAUGGAAAAUUCAAGUUUCACUGUGACAAAAUAUGAUAUAGGGAUCUACAAUAUAUCAUAAUACUGGUAUAGGCUUUUGGAAAUAAAAGUAAA